GUAGAAUGUUCAGAUACAAGAAAGCAACGAUUACCUGUGGGGUUUGGAAAUUAAUAAUUCAUGUGGUAUUGAUCGAAUUAAAUACUCUUAUCAUUUACGAGAAAGGAGAAUUACUCUAUCAAUCAAAGCGGGAAGUUUUUUUGGUCUCAGCAAUAGUAAGUUAGACCGCUUACACCGGUAGCGAUAUCCCCGCACAAAAUGGCGAAGAAAGGCUCCGCGAAACAAGGAAAGGACUUCUUCGACACUCGAAGUGGACGAGUUCAUGCAGACUUGAAUUUCGCUGAACGUAGUUCCGUAAGUGCUAAGACAGAAAUUGGCUUCAUCCGCGAAGCUUUCCCGUUACGGAGUAAAGAUGACAUAACCUUGGUUCUGCAGUCCUGUGAUUACAACGUCGACGAAGCCAUCGCUUGUUUUACGAACGGAGAAGCAGAUAAUCUAUUAAAGGAAUGGAAUACCCAGGGAAGAAAGUCAAAAAGUGCUAGGAAGAAAAGGAACAAGAAAAAGCAGGCAAAAAUAAAUGAUCCAGAAACACCAGAAGUUGCCAUGACAACACAGGACAGUGAGAAUGUUUCACAGCUGAAGCAAAAGAGCCUUGAAGAUGCACCUGUUACAUCCAAAGAAGGUUACAAGAAGCCAACGCAUGCUGAAUCAACCACUCUGAAAUGUGCUCCCCAAUCUGUGGGCCCACUGCAUCUUCAGCCACCUUUACCAUCUAGCACUGAAGUCUCCCUUCCAUCCUCCAACUGUGACCAACCGGUAGAUUCUUCACAAGAUACUCAGACUACCUUGAAACAUACACCAGGUUGCUCUAGUCAGACCAACCAUUCAAAUUUAAAGUUUGAAAGGAUGAUUUCUUCUGGUCCCGAUGCCCUCAAGAAAACUGUUAAGGAUCUGCAGCGCUCUAGUGUUUCACUUCCACGUUUUCAACUUCUCUUGGAGGAGGAAUGUGAAAAGUCCUCUAAGUCAAUUUCACAGAUAUUUCAAGAGUUACGUCAAUGUUUGAAUGACAGGGAAGCUCACCUUCUUGGACAAAUGACUGAAUUUAAAAAGCAGGCAGUUGAAUUGUUGGAACAGAGACAGGAAAAUGCAGCAGCAUUAAAACUAAAAUCUGACCGAGUGGGGGGGAUGCCGGAGAAUGAAGUUACACAAUUAAGGAGUGAAAUUAAGAAUUUUGUCACUGAACGUAAAAUUGAUGAGGAGCUUGCCAGAACUACUCGUUUUGUGGCAGACAAGGAUCAGUUGUUUUCAAUGAUUGCCAAUUUUGGUGCAGUUGUCCCUAUUAAGAGUUGUUACAGCCCUGUGACAUUAAACCCUCCAUCACUGCCAAAGAAGAAAGUGGAAAGAAACAAUGAUGAUAAAAAAAUAGCAGCUGAAAAUGUUUCUUCCCUCAAGCCACCCCAGCCACCAGCUCCUGCAAAUACUAGUGCACCUGUUUCCACUUCCAGUGUGGAGAAUUCUGUAUCCUCACAGAAAACCCUCCAAGAAGUGGCAGAACUACAUGCAAGGCUUCAAGCUGCCCUGCGGGAUCAAGGUUUGGCAUCACCCAGUGAAGGGCAUGUGGAAGGACAAAAACAGGAAACACUUGAUCAAAAGAACGACAAAUCAAAUUCAGCUUCACACACAACAGACAAACAGCAGACGUCACAGAAUCAGCAAAGGAGGAGAGACCAGAAUCGACAGCCUGAGAGGACCAAACAGAACCGUUCAGCAGAAACAAGGGGUGCAGUACAAGAUAGGCAAUAUAAUAACCAAUCUAACAGGAAUUCUAGAGGACCUUAUCAGCGGAGUGCAAGACAAAGAAAUCCUAGGUCUGAAAUUCCAAAUGAGAAGAUGGAGAGGCCCAAGAAUAUAGACACUCCUGUAGCUCAGAAGACUGAUCUUGCUCAGCAAAAAGUAGAGGCCGAUGAAAGCUUGAAAUCAUCUGGGAGUAGCAAUAAAGUUGUGUCACCACAACCCGAGUCUGUUAAGGGAGAUGUACACUCAGGAAACAGAAAUUCACAACCAAGAAACAACCAGAGAACAGGGCGGGGUGAUGGGCCUCGCGGUAGGGACAGAAGAAGGGGUGGUAGAGGAGGAGGGGCAGAGGGUCCUAAGAGGAAUGGUCCAGGAGAGAAGCUUGAAAAUGGUCCCCUUAAAAAUGAUCCUGUUGAUAAAGGUUCAUUUCACAAGGAGGUUAUGAAAACAGUCAGUGAAAAAGAGGAUUGUGAUUUAAAAAAGAGCACUAACAAGGAAAGUGGCACUACUGAAGAGACUGAGGAGGUAAAAAAUGGAGCAUCUUUACCCAACGGCCCUGUCUUGAAUGGAAUGGAAACACUCACAGACAGCAGUAACAGUCAUAGUUCCAAUGGUGAGCAUGCCCAUGUUCUAGAAAAAGAAGGAGUGAAGAAGGAAGAGGCACUACCUCAAAGAAGAGAAAGGCCAUCAAGAAGAAGGGGCACACAAAGAAAUAAGAAAGAUGGGCCUGUCUCUGAGAAGCAGCUGAAUGGGGCCAAAUCAGCUGAAAAUGGAACAGGGGAGGAUCAUGGCAAGGAAGAAGGUGUGGCUGAUAAUGAAAUCCAGGAACAAACAGAGAAUGUACAGAAGGAGAAACAGGAAAUUAAAAGUGAGAAUCAAAGCACACAGGAACUUCAAAAGGACAUAGGUAAACCUGGAGCAGCGCGAGCCAAUGGUUAUAUACCCUUGAAAGAAGUUAAUGAGGUUAAUAUAGAUAGAUGACACUUAAAUUCACACUGAUUGCCAUUAAAUUAUGCCUCUCUGUUUAUAAAGUGAAUAACUUGAAAAUUGAAUUCCUGAAUUACUGUAAAUUGUUUAGGUAGGAGUUGUGGUUCAAUCAAAAUAAGUGUUGAGUGUUGAAAUUUUGUUCAAAUUAGCUAUUGGUCAGUUGUAAGUGUAAUGGACCCUCUCUUCAAAGUUGCUUUUUGUUUUUACUGUUUUGACUUGUGUUAAAUUAUGUUCACAGUAGAAUUUGAUUAGCAAAUGGAAUGUUAGUGGAUGAAUCUUGCCUUUUUCCUACAGUCUUUGCAAAAGGAGCCUUGCAAAUAUUUUCUUUAGGGGAUAAAACUUGGGUCUUGGCUUCUAGCUUACUAAAAUGAAUGAAACAACUUCAGUCUUCAAAUAUAUAAAUUCAUCAUAAAUUUGCAGCCUCAGUGGGUAUUUGACCAAAUCAUUAGUCAACCUAGAAACAGAAACAAUCACAGAGCUUUUGUAAGGGGGAAUUAUUGUAAUUCCAUUUGUGCACAAUCUAUAAAAAAAUCUAUAACUCAUGAAUAGUAGAAGCAACUUGUGCAAAAAAAAAAAAUGUUUACAAUGCAUCAUAGUUUGUUUGUUACAUCCCAUUCACACCAAAGGUGGGGUUUGGGGGGAGGUAAGGUAUGAAAGAAGUUGGUUAUUUCAUUUAAAGACUCAAUUUAACCUUAAACAUAAGUUGCAACUAUAGCCUUUUCCAGGCUGUAAAUGUGGUCUAUAACAGGAUAGUCACAAAUAGCAAGGAUAGGGUGUGGUCAUAAAAAAAAAAAUGCUUUGGACAGCUUACACCUAUAACUUAAGAAUCAAUGUAUAAAUGAACGGGUUAAUGUUCAGAGUGAAUUUGAGCUCCAAGACUUUGUGGAAUCCUAAGGGUUAUUAGUACCACUCUGGCUUUUGGGCGUUUCAAUUAAUUUUGCAUCUUCUCCUCUAAGGAAAGAGAGGUAUUAUUAAAAAUAUUUUCUCAACAUAGUAACUGACACCUUGUGAGGAAGAAUGCAACUGUUUUUAUUGUAGCUAAUGUUUUUACUCCCAGAAUCUGAUUGGUAAUUCUCCCCACUGGCUGCCACAGGUUGCUUUGCAAAUAUGUUAAGAGAAUUUGGUGUUGUAUCAAGAACACCCCGUUUAGUUUGUCUACCAUCUGUGUUCAGGAUGGUUAAGGGAAAUUGUGAAGAGAAGUUACUAUUAAUCACUUCUCGAAGUGGAAGGUUUGGUUUUACAUCUCUUAACCCUUUAUGCCUCAAUAUCAGUGUACAUAUUCUCCAUUCUCUUCUCUAUUCAUUUCCUUUGGUACUGAUAAAGAGAAUUUGAUCAACAAUCAAAGCUCAGUUUGGCUAAAAUAUUCUUUACUCUUGUGGUCCUAGUGAGUGAUGUAACAGUGUUAUUGAAAGGACAAAUUAGAUGCUGGUCACUCAGGGUUUUAUGGGUUAAAUUGUUAAGUCACUGGUGCUUGAGUCACUCACAAAUCAUGACAUGACUUUCUGGACCUGCAAAAGUUCAGACCAGAAGUUACGAUAGUCAACACAUUUUAUUAAUCACUGCAAUUUACAACGGCAGUCUGUCGCACAAGAUUUGUCGCGCAACGCUUCUCCUUUAAUAAAAGAAAAUGAUUACGUGACAACUUCAGUCACGGCCAAUAUGAAUAUGCGCCAAAGUACACUUAAUAAAUACGAUUCAUUUAUUGAUAAAAAUGCGUAAGCCUAAGUUGCAGGAGUACUACUUCUUAAUCGAGGUUCCUCGUUGUAGUGGAAUAAAUAGAAAAUCUGGUAUAUUCAUACAUACUCUGUAUGGAAACAAAAUUAAUUUCAUUGUAUUUUCACCGGUGAAGCGGUUGUUACUGAGGUGGACGGUGCUUGUAAAGAUACGUUAUUGGUGAAUAAAACCGUUUGGAAAAGA